AUGCAAACAUCCUCUAGAAACUGCUGGAAGAAAAUGAGUGUGAAUGAAGUCAAGAUCAAAACUGCUUCGAAUUCGUUUGAAGUCAGAGGAACUGGGCCACCUUCUAGUAGGACCUUUGCGAUUGGAAAUGAAGACCAUACGUUGGGGAACUGCUUAAGACACGUCCUAGUACAGAAUGCAAAAGUUGGAUUCGCUGGUUAUUCUGUUCCUCACCCUGCAGAGCCGAUUGUCCACAUUCGGGUACAGGCAGUACAGCCAACAACUGCGAUACAGGUCAUAGAAGAAGCUUGUGAAACUUUGUAUCAGCAGUGCGAUAUUGUACUUUCAAAACUAGAGGAGCGGCUGCCACAAGUAAAGGACGAUAGAGGUCAUAUUGAAGAAAGAAUAGCGAAAAUGGCAGAAGACGACGUUGACGAAGAAAUGGAGGACGGAGACGCCGAUGAGUUUAUAAGUAGAUGA